CUCCUCCCGUUGGUUGGAUCCUUCUACUCCUCUCUCUUCCUUUUGACUCUUCCGCUCUUCGCCAAUCACUCUCGUCGUCCAGAAGAGAUCGGUGGGGAAAGUGUUUCUCAGAUGGCGAUCCUCUACGCUCUGGUGGCGCGAGGAUCGGUGGUGCUGGCGGAGUUCAGCGCGUCGCCGAUGAACGCGGGUGCGGUGGCUCGGCAGAUCCUGGAGCGGAUCCCCGGUUCACAGGACACGCACGUUUCCUACUCACAGGACCGCUACAUCUUCCACGUCAAGUGCACCGACGGCCUCACCGUCCUCUGCGUCGCCGAUGAUACUGCUGGCAGAAGAAUUCCUUUUGCUUUUCUUGAGGAUAUUCAUGGAAGAUUUGUGAAGACAUAUGGUCGUGCUUGUCAUACAGCACCUGCUUAUGGAAUGAAUGAUGAGUUCUCCAGGGUCUUGAGUCAACAGAUUGAUUACUAUUCUAGUGAUCCUAAUGCAGAUAGGAUGAAUCGGAUCAAGGGUGAAAUGAGUCAGGUGCGCAAUGUUAUGAUAGAGAAUAUUGAUAAAGUACUGGAAAGAGGUGAUCGAUUGGAAUUACUGGUUGACAAGACUGCAAACAUGCAAGGGAAUACAAUUCGCUUUAGGAAACAAGCACGUCGAUUUAGAAAUACUGUGUGGUGGCGAAAUAUUAAGCUAACGAUUGCACUUAUUCUACUCAUCCUGAUUAUUAUAUAUGUUGUGCUUGCAUUUCUCUGCCAUGGCAUUGCAUUGCCAACUUGUAUCAGGUAGAGUUUCUUACAGUCUUCUCUUCUUUUUUUAAUGUUUAUGCGAUUGUAAUUUGUGAUCCAUCCACCGCUGUAAUGAUUUCCAUUUUCUCAUGCGUUGUUGACAUUGUAAUGGUAUUCUAUCAACAUAGUAUUAUUAUACAUUUUCUGCUA